AUGGAUUCGGCAGGCGCCUCGAAGCCCGAGGAGGAGGUGGCCGCUUACCAGAGCAGCGAGGCCAAUCAGGCGAGGCUGCAGUCCAUGCUCGCGGCGCUCCUCGACGACCCCUUACUCGCCGACGUCCCGAGGAAGCCCUCGCUGGCGGACGUGGACACGCUCAUCAACCUCGAGCUCGGCAGCGCCAUGAGGGUGACCGUCCUCAAGCUGGACAACACCUCGUUCGAUGUCGCGGUGUUGAACACCGCUACGCUCAAGGAUUUGAAGCUGGCUAUCAGGAAGAAGAUAACUGAGAUAGAGCAGGGCCAGAUGGGCCAUCGUCACAUCUCAUGGAAGCAUAUUUGGGAGAACUACUGCCUGACACAUCAGAGUGAGAAGUUGAUAGAUGACAAUUCUGCACUUUCUUCUUACGACAUUCGAAAUAAUUCCAAGGUUUGUUUCUCACCGCACGUCAUGUCGAGAGUACAUCAGAAGCAUUCUAGGAGAAGGAAACACCGUUUCUUCCACGGGCUUAGCAGGAAGAUGUGA